CAAAGUUAGCAACGCGCAUCAAUCUGUAAACAUUUAGAUCACAGAACAAGUUUUAUCAGCGUAAUUAUAAGAGUUUUCGUGAAAUAUCCUUUAAUUUCGAACAUAAUUAUUUGUCUGUCCAUCUCGUCAACAUGAAUCUUAUUGAGCAGUUCAAAAACGCAACGCUCAGUUUACCCAAACUGCCGGUUCAUUACAUUGAAACAAUCCGUUCUGACAGUGGUCAAGUGAUUCCUGACCACAUGCAAUGUAACACGAAGCAGCCCUUCGGCACUGGACCAGUUUACAAAACAUCGAUUGCUGGCUAUAAAGUAUUGGCCGAUGGUGAGGGGGUAAAAACGGUGUAUGAAAUGUCUAUUAAGGAGCCUCCGAAUAUGGAGGAAUAUUUUCCGGGAGAUACAAUCGGCAUUCUUACACAGAAUCUAGCAUCCGACGUAGAAUUUAUGCUAGAUAGGUUGCAUCUUGUAGAAAUUGCGGACUGCGUUUAUGAAGUAAAGCUGGCCAAACCUGUUAAAAAGAAAAAUCCCGAGAUUCCAGCCUACAUACCAAAAUUCAUAACACCGCGACGGUUGCUCUGUGAAUGCUUAGAUUUCAGAAUUGUGCCACGUAAGUUGUUCUUGCAAGUAUUAGCCAAUUAUGCAUCCGAUCCUUGUGAAAAGCGAUUGCUUGAAAUAUUGGCGUCGAAGGAGGGAGCAAGCUUCUACAACGAAUUUAUUUUAAAAAAUGAAAUGAGUUUUGUACAUUUGCUGAAAAUUUUGUCUUCGUGCAGACCCUCACUCGCAGCACUGAUUGAACAUCUACCCCGCUUACAGGCAAGACCUUACUCAAUAGCAAGUUACAACAGAGGUGGCCAUUUACGUAUUGUGUUUGCAAUGCUAAACGAUGGCAAAAUUGGUAUUACAACUUCGAUGCUCGAAAACAAGCUGCUUUUUGCUGGUCGGUAUGACAAAUAUUUGUAUAUAUACCUCAGACAGAUGAAGCCAGUUUUUCACUACAAAGAGGAAGAUUUGGAGAAGAACAUUAUUAUGAUCGGACCAGGGACCGGCGUGUCACCAUAUUUGAGCUUUCUCGAAUACCGCAAACGAGCGAAACAAUUCAGCAAGAAAACGAAACUCGGUACUGCCUUAUUACUCACAAGCUGUAGAUAUCGAGAGCGCAACUAUAUAUUCGAAGAGGAAAUCAAGCAGUACCUUCAAUUGGGUCUGUUAGAUAAUGUCCACGAAGCAUUUUCUAAAGAUUCCGAUAGUCGAUAUAAAUUUGUGCAGGAUAUAAUUGAGGACAAGAAAGAGCAGUUUAUUAAGCUGCUGUUAGAAGAUAACACAAAGUUAUAUCUAUGCGGAGAAGGUAGGACUAUGCUACCACGGAUUCAAGACAUGAUCUCAACCUGUUUGAGUAAGAUAAAGUGUAUACCUAAGACAGAGGCAGAUUCUCUCAUAACAGAAUAUAGAAAGAUCGGUAAAUACAUGUACUAUUCCAUGAUACGCUACUAAUGUCCGAACAAAGGAGUCAUAGAAACGAAAAAUUCAUUCUCUUGCAUCUGUAUCGUUUUAUUUAAUUGAUGAAUAAAUUAUUUCAUGUUUAGAUUAUAGAAUGUUAAUAUAUAACUAACCUAAACAUUUGCUAUAAAAAAUGCGCUAUAUUGUAUUUCAUUUUCAAGAAAAUUGAAUAUUAAAUACAUAUGUUA